AUGUUCCACCUAACCAAUAGAAGCCAAUUUGGACCACGAGUGGGUAACGGGUUCAUCUUGACCCUUCCCAUCCGUCCCGUCCUCAAGAUCUACUGCAGGGCUGACAUAUUCAAACCUACACCCCGUAUUCGGUCACCCCGUAUUCGGUCACCCCGUAUUCGGCCACCCCGUAUCCAGUAUACAGCUCGGGAUUCGUCUUCUAGUCAAUAG